UGUCCCCAGGUGUGCGCAUACCUGUGUGGUGUUUGUGUUUGGUGGGUGUUUUGGUGCGAGUUUGGGCAGUUUUGGUUAAUUUGUAACAAUUCCAACGGGAAGAUCGCCAUCAGAAUGAGUUCUACUACACCAGAAUGGCUUGAGGACUGCAAACAUCAUGUCACAGAGACCAGCGAAUGGAAGAGCUUCACUGUGGAGCUGUUUGAUGCAGUACAGCAGCAGCUGACAGAGAGUCAUGUGAAGUACUUCAGUGAUCUGUCAGAAGCUGAAAAGGAACUCUUCAUGGAGAGGGCUGUCAGGGCCAUUCAGCAUGGUUCCUCCUUCACCACCCUGAAUGCCCAGGUGUCUAAGAUGCUGGACAUGGCUCUCAACAACGAGGUGGCCCGAGAGCUCCUGGAGGACCAUCCGGUCAACACCAAGUCCGACCUGGUGCUGGGCCACGCGCGGGAUGGAGCGGUCAGUCUUCUGCAGCGGUGGCCGGACAUGAGGGACAAGUUACACCUGUGUCUGAACCAGCCCCUCCCCCCUACACUCAGGCAGCUGGCAUGGAAACUACAUCUCAGGAACUCCAAAUUGCGCAGACAGUAUGCCACUGCUGUGAAGACUGAGUCCCCCUCGCUGAAGUCACCAUGGCACAGAGAGAUUUGUCAGAAGUGUGAAGACAUCUUGCAGUCCGAGCCAACCUUCAAACCUCUGGCAAAUCAUUAUGGUGUGCUGACUGCAAUGCAGUCUGUCCUGUCCUACUACCACGCCAGUCUCCAGACAGCCUCCACCCUGCCUGACAUGGACUACCUGUUACUGGUACCGUUCCUGGCUGUCACACAGAACACACUGUCCGGGGACUCCGCGGCUGGGGACAACGUUAAAGCACUACUGGUGGAGGAGUUUAUCACAUACAUGGCACAGCGACCUGGGUACAUGAGGGAGUCAGGGGUGAGGGAAAGUCAUGGCCAUCUUCAUAUGUUUUAUUUUAUUUCACCAUAUUUUAAGGACUUCAGUGAUGAGAAGCUGGUGUUUGCAGACACUGUAGCUGACUUGCUGAAGCAGCAUGAUGACCACCUAGCAACUGCCAUCAGUACUGCAUUUGCCACAGAAAAGGUAACUCCCAGUCGUACCAGCCUGGAGGAAGGCCUGCAGACACUUCUGCAGCCGCUUCUAAGGGUCAUGUUUGUAGGAUAUCUCCAAAUGGACUGUCUCCUGUAUAUUUGGGACCAGUAUAUCAUCGGACUAGAUGUCCCAGCCUACCAGGUUCUCCCCACCAUCUCUACUGUACUUCUCAUGCUACUCAGGGAACAUUUCUUCAAGUGCAAGAAUUCUCACCAGAUGGAACAGGUUUUGACCAGUCACAGCCGGAAGCUUCACAUGCACCAGUUCCAGUACGAGAUCAACAAGAGGUUCUACAGGACUCUACACGCUCAGAUUCACAAGGAUGACAAGUCUACCAUGCCUGUGCUCGAUCCUACACAAAGUGUAGGGAUGCCCCCUCCAUGGACACACUGGUCAGUAGAGAAGCUCCCUCCCAGACAGAAGGCCCACGAUCGCAGACAGGCGAGAGAGGAGAGGGAGGCACAGAGACUCAGAUUUGUUGAACAGCAAAAGGCAGAAGGGGAGAUGAAGCAGGAAGAUGAACUUGCCAGAAAAAGGGAGGAGGAGAGGCAGCUAGAGCUAGCACUGGAGCAGUCCCGUCGUCAGCAGGACCAGGAGAGACUGGCACUGGAACAGGAGCUGGAUGCGGAGAGACAGGCGAGAUAUGAGCUACAGAAGCGAGCUGAUGACCAGAUCGCCAUGUUACAGAAACAGAUCGACGAUCUUAAGAGGAUGAAAGAUACCAAACCUAAAUCUGCAGCGCCAUCAGAGACUCUAUCAGCAAUCAGUUUGAAGGCUCCGCCCCCUUCAGCUGCCACUCACGUGACCAGGACCUGGCCAGUCGCCCCCUCUCCUGCCAGGUCAGAGCCCUCCCGACCCCCCGGGACACCAGAUGCAGUCAAGGCUGAGACUAUCAUGCGAGACUUAGUCGGGCGGAUCAUGCAAGGAACCAACUUCCUGGCACAUGGUACAGGUGAUGAGAAGGAUACCUUGGACCAACAGACCAGACAAAGUCUGCAGGCUUACAACAAGGAUCGCAGGGAGGCAGAGAUUGAGAUAUUUGGACGUCGAAUCAGCUCACGUGACUGGAACAGUAUGGCAUCCGGUGAGCGUACAGACACCCAGGGGAGACUAGCGGAUGCUGUUCGAAGGAAAGUAGAACAACGACACGGCACCAACAGUGGACACAACAACAAAAGUCGCCAUGGCACCAACAACAGUCGGCAUGGCAACAACAGUCGACACAGCACCAAUAGUCGACACUAGCCACUGGCUAAUUUUUUUACAAAUGAUUUUAAGUUGUUGUGCCUUUAAUUUAUAUAUUGUAUAUGUGUUGUAAAAAGUUGCAGAUACAUGCAUAUGUUAGAAUGUGCUUUUGUAUAAACCUUGAUAGAUACAUCCCUAAAAGUUUAAUUGCAAUGCAAUAUGAUGUUAUCAAAUACUUAUUGCUGUUUUUCAUAUUUUUGUCUCUGUUGUGCUGUCCUUGUAUAUUGAACGGUAUGUCAUUGUGUAAUAAGUCCCAUAUUUUAAAUGUACCUUAAUUGUGCCUUUUACUAUGCAAUAAUUCAAGUCGCUGUAUCAAUAUAUAUGUUUCAUUACUAAAUACUAUUCAAGUCACUGUACCAAUACAUAAUGUUUAAUUGUAAAGUUACUGUGUGAAUAUUGUUACAACAAGCAAUAAACUAUUAUAUAGCACUCACUCCUAGGGCUAUUGUUACCCUGUUGCUUACUAGUAAUAUGCAACUACCAGUACAUCGAUUGUCUCAGCAUAUUGUGGUCAAAAUAUCUAAUAGAUAUUUCAGUAGAGGGUGUCUAUAAACAUGUAAUGUGUCUGUCAUGAAUUGUGAAAUACGCUCUCAGUUUAAUAUCUCCGUAACCUCUUACCAUGUUUCCCCAACUGGCUUUCUUCAGAAAUGUCCAUGUGUUUUAGACACUUCAAGGUUUCACUUCAAUGCCCAAGACACAAUAAUAAACAUUCCUGUCUACACUA